AUGUCUGCUAUUCAAAGACUGGUACUGUGCCUGUCACUGAUCACUGCAUAUGCUAACGCCUUCUAUUUCUACCACGAAGGCAACGAAAGAAAAUGUUUCUCUAAAGAAUUGACAGAAGGCAGUGUCUUCUACGGGAACUAUAAAGUCCAGGUCUACGACGAAGCCCUAAAGACAUACAAGAACAUAGAUCCAAGUGCAGACUUCGACGUCAUUAUCGAUGUCGAAGAGAUCUUUGACGGCGAUCAAAGAAUCGUGCACCAAAAAGCAGGACCAGACGGUCAAUUCACCUUCAAUACUCAGGAGUCGGGUGAACAUAGAAUCUGUAUUAAACCACAAUCGUCGGGCUGGUUGAGUAAGACGAAGACGAAGAUCGACCUGGAGAUGUCGGUCGGGUCAGAUACGUCCCUGGAUUCAAAGAAAAAACAUACCAUCGAAUCUCUUCAUGGGAAAGUCGAUCUGCUGAUCGAAAAAGUGGCUCAAAUUAAAGACGAACAACAAUUAAUGAGAGAUAGAGAAGCUCAGUUUAGAAACUUAUCAGAAACAGUCAAUUCCGGUGCUAUGUGGUGGACUAUCAUUCAACUGCUUAUAUUAGGUGUUACUUGUGCUUGGCAAAUGAAACAUUUAGCAACUUUCUUCGUUAAACAAAAAGUUAUGUAA